AUGUCCAAGAAGGAUGUGGCGUGUUUCUGGAUCGUACUGCUCCUGUGCCAAGAGCUACGGACCGACCCGAUCGCAGAGAUGGGACCAUCCUCCGGCAUCCUGAUUCAAGAGACACCAGGGUUCAUCUUGAUAGAGAAGAGGAUCCUGACCCGACAUGUGUUCGUCAGCUUGGACCCCAAGAUUUCCAUCGAGAAGGCAUACAACAUUUCAUCGAUGCAGCUUCCUGAGUUACAGACUUGAUACCAGAUGCACCUCCAAAGAGCACAGGACCGUGUGCGAAACAUCUUGGAGCAAGCCCGGAAACCAUUUGUAUCCAGUUCUAUUCCGAUGAGCAACCGACCCAAAAGGUUCCUCACCGCUAUAAUUGUUGCAUUAGUUUGUGCCACUGUCGGUGCAGUUGUCGCAACUGGAAUGUCUGCAGCCAACUCUAUUACUGUCCAAAAGUGGAUAUGGAAAUCUAUGCGCUAAAGCAACACAUUAAUGAUAUUCAUCAGGUGAUACAACAGCAAAGAACACUUCUCCAAGACGUGUUAACUAUUGUGGAAGACACAGUUGUUACAACAAUUUGCAUUCGGAGUUAAUUGCCAAAUCCACUGAGUUGCACCAAAGUCAUGACUUAUUUAAGCGUGAACUUCUAUUUCUGCAUGACCCAAUAUUGUUCCACACACUUGCUUUUCUUGACGAAGUGCAAACUGGAAUGAUCGAAUUGGCAGGGGGACGCAUACCUCUGUAUUUUGUAUCCAAGGAUAUUGUUCAUGCGAUGCUUACCAAUGUGGAUGGAGAAACAAUUGGGCCUAUGCAAUUUAAUCUGGCCUUUGAGAUGGGGAGCUCUAUACCUCUCUUAAUUAAUCCGGAACGUAUGGAGAUUUGCUUUUUAUUGGCCAUACCAUAUGUAACUCCCAAAGACAUUUUUCAAAUGAAAAUAAUGUACUAUGUUAAUAAUGAUAUUAUGGUUGAUUGUACUAAGUGUAAAGUUCAAAACUCUUACAGGUACAAAUAUAUACAAAAAUGUUCAUUCCACGCACGGACCUAUGUUAGAAAUGAUGUGAUUGCACAAUAUGUCUGGUAACUUCUAUAGUGCUUAUUCAUAAGCUAAAUUAAUUUUGACUACGAAAUGCACUAAAGGGGGGUUAUGUCAGGGUAUUUAUAUCGGCAGACAUCUUGUGCUAUGGUAGAAAUUAAAAGUGUAUAUUCUGAGUCACUCUGAACAGACCAGACUCCAUUUUGUUAUUUUCAAGCUAACAAAAAGACACAAGAUUUCUAUCUGUAAAACUAACCACUUCCCCAGAGCUAAAGGAAUGCAUAGUAUAAACAAGUGAUAAGCAGAAAGGGGGUUGGACAGACUGUCUAAUGCUAAUGGAAUAGAUCAAAUCUAAACCCAGACAUUUGUGACAGAGAAGAUUAAUUAAUUUAAUUUUACUGUCUAUAUAUAUAUAAGGUACCAUUGUAUGGAAAAGGGUAAACUUAGUUCAUGAUCUGCCAUAUCAGAAAUUAUAGCAGAUUUGCCAGACACAUAGUCUGGACAAAACUUAAAGAAACCCUUUGAAAUUUUAAAUUAUGGCACUAUAAAGAUAACGCAAAAUGACGUCAAAAUAGCCACCAGGAAAAGUUAACUCUUUUCUGGAUAGGUAUGUUUAGUGGGACAAGACUGCCCUCUAUAGACCAAAUACCUAAAUUGCGAUCUGGAAGAUAACCACACCUCUAGUGCUUCUAUUGGGUUAUCAACUGAUGACGUACAGAGAGUCUGGCCCUUUAAAAGUUAAGACAAAGGGAAGAUAGAGAUAUGCAGGGUAUGCAAGAGAUGCAAAGGAGAAAGGAGAGGAGAGAGGAAUUGGAAGUUUGGGGACUCCAACCUCCAUGCAGAGAGACAUCCAAAUAAGUUCCUGAGACUACCAAUCGGAUGAAAUAUCUACUCAACUGGUAAUUAUACUGGUUUCAUUUAAUUAAUUAAAUUAAUUAAAAUGUAUUAAUAGCAUUAUAUAUGACUGGAUAAAGCACGGUCAGAUUUCCAUAUUAAGAAAUCUUAGUUAACUAAAGAAUAUAUAGUUAUAAACAUUCCAUUCUGCAGGUGGAAUUAAGAAUAAUUAUAUAUUAAUGUGAUAUUAUCACGUGUUAGCAUACCGUUGUUUUUAUCCAGGUGUAUUGAUUUGCUCUAAUAUAAGAUAAGAUAUCUUUUAGACAAAUUAAAAACAAACUCUGCUUAUAAAACAUGGUAGAUUCUCUUAUUGGAUGGUUCCAGGAAAUGACUAAUGAACUGGUUUAAAUGUUAUUUUAUUUAAUUACGUAGGAGAUCUAGCCAGCAUUGAAAGGGUUAUUCUAACUGUCAGCUAAACUUUACGACCUUACGCUGCACUCUGAGGAAUUCUGUUCUCUGCGUGAAACUUUCUCUAUGUCUGUGAAAGAUAGUCAUAAGUAAGGUCUUGACAGAUAAUGCUGUUUACCCAUUGAAAUCUGUUUAGCCAUUCCUUUGUAUUGCAUACCAUUUUAUACUGGAUAUUCAUUGAUUAUUGUCACGCAUGUUACAUAUUAUUAUUAUUAAUUAACUUGUUAUUAUAAAUAAAAUCUAUUUUUAUAAUAAAAUUGUGAAUAUUAUUUAUAUGAAAUACUUUCACUUACGAUAAACGUUCUUUGGGAUCUGAGAAUUGAAUUAGUGGGCAAUUCUCACUGUUACUAUUAUUAUCCCAUAAAUAUCCCCACAACAUAAUGCUGCUCCAACCUACCUAUCCCCCCUAAUACACAAGUAUGUCCCGUUUAGGUCCCUGCACUAUGCCGAAAACCUACGUCUAUCCUCUGUUUGUGCUCUGACCUCUGAGUCUAGCCUUGAACACUUCUCCAGGGAUGCACCAUUCCUAUGGAACUCCCUUCCCUUCUCUGUUAGACGCUCACCCAGUCUCCAUUCCUUUAAAAAAAAAAAAAAAUCAAGAAAUUUCAUUUCUUCAGGAAAGCAUACCAACAAAACAGCUUUCUUUCACCGCACCCUGAUUCCUCUCCUGCAACUGUCAUAAAAAAAAACAUUUUAAUCACCCACUAAGCCCUACUUUUCUACCUUUACCUUUUGUGUCACUAUACCCCACUCCCUCUAGCAUGUAAGCUCAUUGAGCAGGGCCAUCAACCCAUCUGUUUCUGUGCACCCAGCUCACCUGGUUAGAAUUAUGUGUCUGUUAGUCCACCCAUUGUAAAGCACUACGGAUUAUGUUGGCAAUUUAUAAAUAGUAAUAAUAAUAAUAGACCUAUAUGGGUGUUCCUUGAUAUGAUGCCUCAGGGCCCCAGCAUUUUCAGAGGAUCACCUCCUUAGUUAUAUAAAAGUGGAAGCAGACCAAGCCAUCCCAUGGUUGGUACCCCUCUGCCAUCCGUGCCCGUACUGCUCUAUCACCCACAUUGCCUCUAGUAUAUAAGAUAAGAGAGGUAAAAAGAUGUCUAAAAUGACCUGGGUAACAGUUCUCUCACCUGCCAGUUUUGGUAGGCCUCUUAAUCGCAGAUUAUUGCAUCAGGAACAGCUGGAUAGGUACUCUAAUAGGUUCUCCAUAGACGUUAUAUGGUUCUGCAGGUCAUUAGUUCUGUCUAUCAUGUCAUUGUGGGCUGUUACCAUCACCUCUACCUAGCUUUGCAGCUCUGCGGUUCAAACCCCAAGGGCCUGUAUUUUGGCCUUCACUUCAGCUGUACUUCUCUCAAUUUCUUGCUGUAAUAUCUGAGCUGUGUCAUCAGAGCAGGAGACCAAAGAGUCUUAAGCCACAUCCUCGUAGUCCACCAGGGCUUGUUCGGGUGCCAUCUCCAAUCCCUGCCUGAAUAUGGCUGGUUGAUGAAAAUACCUAAAUCUUUUUUAUUUUCCAUAUUUUGAGAAGUCAUCAUAGUGAGCACUGAGUACAACUUAGUGUAUGGCAAAAUUGCUGUGAAGCGCUUGGUAAAGGCAAAAUGCUUGGCACAGUGGUCAAAGCUCCGAACUCAGCUAUUCUUAUUAUUAUUGCCAUUUAUAUAGCGCCAACAUAUUCCGCAGCGCUUUACCAUAUUAUGAGAGGGGGAUUUAGCUAUAAAUAGGACAAUUACAAAUAAACUUACGGGAACAAUAGGUUGAAGAGGACCCUGCUCAAUCGAGCUUACAUUCUAUAAGAGGUGGGGUGUAAAACACAUUAGGACAGGAAUUUGCAGUCAAAUAAGGUGAGCUACCCUUUAGGAGAGAGCAGGAGAUAGGUAUGUGAGGUAGAGGUUAGUCUGGGAGGCUAUAAGCUUUCCUAAAGAGAUGGCGGUAGGCAGGCUAUUCCAUAGGAAGGGAGCUGCCCGCGAGAAGUCCUGCAAGCGUGAGUUGGCUGUACGGUGCAGACAACGGACAGGAGGUGGUCAUGGGCAGAGCGGAGAGACCGAGAAGGGACAUACCUAUGGAUCUGUGAGGAGAUAUAAGAGGGGCUAGAGUUUUUCAGUGCUUUAUAGGUGUGAAUUAGUACCUUGAAUUGACUCCUAUAGCAUACAGGAAGCCAAUGUAAGGACUGGCAGAGGGGUGAGGUGUGAGAGAAACGACUAGAGAGGAAAAUCAGUCUGGCAGCAGCGUUCAUUACGGGUUGUAGCGGUGCAGUACGGCUUUUGGAGAGGGUUACAAUAUUCCAUGCGGGAAAUUACCAGAGCAUGGACAAGCUCCUUGGUAGUAUCUGGUGCAAGAAAGGGGCGGAUGCAGGCUAUGUUUUUAAGAUGGAAUCUACAGGAUUUGGCAACAUGCUGGAUGUGAGGCUCAAUGGUGAGGCCAGAAUCAAGUUUGACGCCAAGACAGUGUGCUUGCAAGGAUGGACUGAUGUGGGUACCACAAACUUGAAGGGAGAGCGAAAGAGGAGGAUCAGUAUUAGGAGGAGGAAAGACAAGAAGCUCAGUUUUAGAGCGACUGAGUUUCAGAAAGCGCGAGGACAUCCAGUCAGAGAUGGAAGAAAGGCAAGCAGUGACACGCUGCAGGACGGCAGGGGAGAAGUCUCGGGAGGAGAGAUAUAUCUGGGUGUUAUCAGCGUACAGGUGGUAGUGGAAUCCAAAUUAGGUAAUACUUUGCCAAGAGAGGCAGUAUAAAGAGAAAAUAGAAGGGGACCAAGGACAGAGCCUUGGGGUACUCCAACCGAGACAGGACGAGGGGAGGGGGUAUCAUUAGAAAAAGAGACACUGAAUGAUCGAUGGGAGAGAUAAGAGGAAAACCACAAGAGGACAGAGUCACAGAGACCAAGCGAUUAAAGAGUUUGAAGAAGGAGAGCAUGAUCAACGGUGUCAAAGGCCGCUGAGAGGUCAAGAAGAUUUAGUAUGGAGUAGUGACCUUUGGAUUUAGCUGCGAUUAGGUCGUUAGUAACUUUGAUAAGUGCAGUCUCAGUAGAGUGGAGAGGGCGGAAGCCAGAUUGAAGAGGGUCAAGGAGAGAGUUGGAAUUUAGGAAAUUAGACAUACGGGUAAAGACAAGUCUUUCCAUGUAGCUAUCCAUGUAGCACGACGUCCAGACCAAACCCCCUGCACUACAGACUUCUAAAGCGGCUCUGCCACCAAGACCCCUGAAGGUGACUUUGUAAAGUGUGCUGUAGUAUGCUGUAGUGGCUAUGGUGCCAGGAUUGCCCUGGUGCUCUCCCCAAAUGUAAGUAGUCAAGCCAUUUUAGAAUGGUUUAACUGCUUACUUGGGUCCACCGAGAGCUGCACCGCACCACUCUGCAGCCUCCAAAUCAGUGUUUAUAUUGCCAGGAAUGUCAUGGCGCCUCCCCAUAUGUGAGUAAUAAAAUUAUGUUAAAAUGGUCCACCAGGAGCUGAACCCACAUCUCUGCAGCUUCCAAGUCAGCCAGGGAGCACACUGCCCUAGAAAAGCCCAGAAGUUCAGAGCUUAGCUCAUUGGCUCAGAGAAAUCAGCUAACGCACUGAAUCAGGGCAUUCCUGGGACCAUAACCACCAUACAGCAUGCCAUAAUGGUUAUGGUGCUUGCAGUGUCCCCUUGGAUAAAAUAAACUGAGAGUAUAUAAUAAACAGUAUUUGACAAUAAGAGGAUUUGUAUUUUUAAAAUAUUCUGCCCUGAUUUUGCUUUGCAAUUUUACAAUCUAUAAUUAUAACAGCAUAUAAAUUACAAAUUGGUGUGACUACAAACAAGAAAUGAAGCUUUCCCUGUUGUUUAUUCACACCAUAUACCUCAAUCAUACAUACUUUAAAAAAAAAAAAGAAAAAAAGAAGAAGAAUAUUUAGUAAUAUUUUAAUUCGAAUGUCAUGAAUGAAUUUCACCGUUCUACCGAGUGGUCAGACGACAUGACGAUACACAGACCCGUGAAGAAACUCUCUAUUAGUGUGAGAAUAGAACAGUAAAGCAAUAAUAAUAUCUAAUUACUGCAAAGUAUUUUAAAUAUUAGCUGAUGUUCCUACCUUCUUUUAGUGUACGAACCCUGAAAACCACAUGGCAGCGAUACUUUGUGUACUGGUUGCUAAGCAACCACAGAACCUAUUGACUGUAGUAACGCAAUGCGGCCAUGUUUGUACUCCAAUCAUUAUAAUGUAUAGGUAGGGUGUUGGCUAAAGCUUCGGCCAUAUUGGUACUCCCAAACUACAAGCAGCCUGUGCAUAUCCUACUCCUGCCAUCUUACUCCACCCACUGAAGGCGUUCUGUGACGCAGAAACUCAAGACCGGAAGUUAAACAUUCGCCAUAUAUAAGCUGUAGAUCACAAAGCUUAAUUCUAACAGCCCUGUAGUAGCAAACAGCACAGAAUGAAUACAGGCUGACACGGUUAUUGCUAGGACCCCGGUAUGUCGCGUACUUUGAUACCAACGACGCCAAGCCGCCAUUUCAGCUGGCUGAGAGUUACAAUAAAUAAAAUGCAAUCUGUGAUCACUGGUGGCUGUAUGUUUCAGCAUGGUGCUUUAUUCUGUGUCAGUGGACAUUUAUUGUUAAUCACACAUAUCGCCACACGUACACGGAAUCCAUCAAUGAUUAGUGUCUGAUCCACCACCCCACAGCUGGCUGGACACACACUCCAUGGUGGCAAUGUGACCCAGCUAAUGCUGUGACAUGAACAGAGCUGUGUCUGUACACUGCUGUCACCAAGUGCUACGACAUGACGUCAUGUCACAGGCUGGGUCACGCCUGCCGCCUCCCAUGGAACCUGUAGCGUCACUUACUUCCUGCUUCCACUGGCUCUCACUAAUAGGGCGAGGCCGGCUGCUGUCUGCACCAAUGACAAGUCCACACUGCAAUCUGGGCGGUGAUUGACAGUGCCAUCCUCCAAUCAGGUAAGGCUAGUCGGCUUAGUUAGUAGUGCACUGUUUGGUACAGGAAGAAGAAGAAGAGCAGGUAAGAGAUUAUAUACUGUGCCUGACUUUUAUUAUUAUUCAUGGGAUUUAUUUACACAGCUUAAUAUCACUCAGAUAGUAAGGUUUAUAAAAUGUACUAACUAAAGAGAGGAGUUUAAAUCAAGGGCAGAUUAAAUGAGCCAAGGAAUAAACAUUUGGUUGUUCACUAAAGUGUAAAUCGUCAGGAAUGUAAAGUGAGUUGGGGAAGGUAUAUUAUCCACACAUAUUACACAUAUUCACAUACACUACAUACAACCAGGACACAAAACAUCCACACACAGUACAAACAGCCAGCACACACUUAAUUUGCAGAUGACUGAAGGAUGAAGGGAAUUAUCAUUUCUAAAGAGAACCCAACUUGACAAGUAAUUUUAGAAUGGUAGAUUAUUAUUGUGAGACAUGAAUAAGCAUGUCACAGCCCGCUGUAGCUAUAGCCUCAUCAGGGACUUUACUCAUGAGUCCCCAAAUGGCAUCCCAGCCUCUCUUUCUCUGCCAUACUGUUUACCCUGCUCUAUAGACAUGAGCUCGCUGUGGGAGAUGUCCACAGCAUAGAUCAGGUGGGAGGGGAUGUCUCACCUACUUACUAUAAAAGACUGCCUCUUUGUCUCAUCAUUGCUGAGUUGAACUGUGUCCUAUAGUGCUUGAGAACAGGUGCUACCCUCAGUGUUCCAAAACCAGCUCUUACUCUGCGCUACCCUCAGUGUUCCAGAGCCAGCUCUUACUCUGCGCUACCCUCAGUGUUCCAGAGCCAGCUCUUACUCUGCGCUACCCUCAGUGUUCCAGAGCCAGCUCUUACUCUGCGCUACCCUCAGUGUUCCAGAGCCAGCUCUUACUCUGCGCUACCCUCAGUGUUCCAGAGCCAGCUCUUACUCUGCGCUACCCUCAGUGUUCCAGAGCCAGCUCUUACUCUGCGCUACCCUCAGUGUUCCAGAGCCAGCUCUUACUCUGCGCUACCCUCAGUGUUCCAGAGCCAGCUCUUACUCUGCGCUACCCUCAGUGUUCCAGAGCCAGCUCUUACUCUGCGCUACCCUCAGUGUUCCAGAGCCAGCUCUUACUCUGCGCUACCCUCAGUGUUCCAGAGCCAGCUCUUACUCUGCGCUACCCUCAGUGUUCCAGAGCCAGCUCUUACUCUGCGCUACCCUCAGUGUUCCAGAGCUAGCUCUUACUCUGCGCUGCCCUCAGUGUUCCAGAGCUAGCUCUUACUCUUUGCUGCCCUCAGUGUUCCAGAGCUAGCUCUUACUCUGCGCUACCCUCAGUGUUCCAGAGCUAGCUCUUACUCUGCGCUACCCUCAGUGUUCCAGAGCUAGCUCUUACUCUGCGCUACCCUCAGUGUUCCAGAGCUAGCUCUUACUCUGCGCUGCCCUCAGUGUUCCAGAGCUAGCUCUUACUCUGCGCUGCCCUCAGUGUUCCAGAGCUAGCUACUUGCGCUCUCACUCUGCGCUACCCUCAGUGUUCCAGAGCUAGCUCUUACUCUGCGCUACCCUCAGUGUUCCAGAGCUAGCUCUUACUCUGCGCUACCCUCAGUGUUCCAGAGCUAGCUCCUUACUCUGCGCUACCCUCAGUGUUCCAGAGCUAGCUCUUACUCUGCGCUACCCUCAGUGUUCCAGAGCUAGCUCUUACUCUGCGCUACCCUCAGUGUUCCAGAGCUAGCUCUUACUCUGCGCUACCCUCAGUGUUCCAGAGCUAGCUCUUGCGCUGCGCUACCCUCAGUGUUCCAGAGCUAGCUCUUACUCUGCGCUACCCUCAGUGUUCCAGAGCUAGCUCUUACUCUGCGCUACCCUCAGUGUUCCAGAGCUAGCUCUUACUCUGCGCUACCCUCAGUGUUCCAGAGCUAGCUCUUACUCUGCGCUACCCUCAGUGUUCCAGAGCUAGCUCUUACUCUGCGCUACCCUCAGUGUUCCAGAGCUUGCUCUUACUCUGCGCUACCCUCAGUGUUCCAGAGCCAGCUCUUACUCUGCGCUACCCUCAGUGUUCCAGAGCUAGCUCUUACUCUGCGCUGCCCUCAGUGUUCCAGAGCUAGCUCUUACUCUUUGCUGCCCUCAGUGUUCCAGAGCUAGCUCUUACUCUGCGCUACCCUCAGUGUUCCAGAGCUAGCUCUUACUCUGCGCUACCCUCAGUGUUCCAGAGCUAGCUCUUACUCUGCGCUACCCUCAGUGUUCCAGAGCUUGCUCUUACUCUGCGCUACCCUCAGUGUUCCAGAGCCAGCUCUUACUCUGCGCUACCCUCAGUGUUCCAGAGCUAGCUCUUACUCUGCGCUACCCUCAGUGUUCCAGAGCUAGCUCUUACUCUGCGCUACCCUCAGUGUUCCAGAGCUAGCUCUUACUCUGCGCUACCCUCAGUGUUCCAGAGCUUGCUCUUACUCUGCGCUACCCUCAGUGUUCCAGAGCUAGCUCUUACUCUGCGCUACCCUCAGUGUUCCAGAGCUAGCUCUUACUCUGCGCUACCCUCAGUGUUCCAGAGCUAGCUCUUACUCUGCGCUACCCUCAGUGUUCCAGAGCUAGCUCUUACUCUGCGCUGCCCUCAGUGUUCCAGAGCUAGCUCUUACUCUGCGCUGCCCUCAGUGUUCCAGAGCUAGCUCUUACUCUGCGCUGCCCUCAGUGUUCCAGAGCCUGCUGUUACUCUGCGCUACCCUCAGUGUUCCAGAGCUAGCUCUUACUCUGCGCUACCCUCAGUGUUCCAAAGCUAGCUCUUACUCUGCGCUACCCUCAGUGUUCCAGAGCUAGCUCUUACUCUGCGCUACCCUCAGUGUUCCAGAGCUAGCUCUUACUCUGCGCUACCCUCAGUGUUCCAGAGCUAGCUCUUACUCUGCGCUACCCUCAGUGUUCCAGAGCUAGCUCUUACUCUGCGCUACCCUCAGUGUUCCAGAGCUAGCUCUUACUCUGCGCUACCCUCAGUGUUCCAGAGCUAGCUCUUACUCUGCGCUACCCUCAGUGUUCCAGAGCUAGCUCUUACUCUGCGCUACCCUCAGUGUUCCAGAGCUAGCUCUUACUCUGCGCUACCCUCAGUGUUCCAGAGCUAGCUCUUACUCUGCGCUACCCUCAGUGUUCCAGAGCUAGCUCUUACUCUGCGCUACCCUCAGUGUUCCAGAGCUAGCUCUUACUCUGCGCUACCCUCAGUGUUCCAGAGCUAGCUCUUACUCUGCGCUACCCUCAGUGUUCCAGAGCUAGCUCUUACUCUGCGCUACCCUCAGUGUUCCAGAGCUAGCUCUUACUCUGCGCUACCCUCAGUGUUCCAGAGCUAGCUCUUACUCUGCGCUACCCUCAGUGUUCCAGAGCUAGCUCUUACUCUGCGCUACCCUCAGUGUUCCAGAGCUAGCUCUUACUCUGCGCUACCCUCAGUGUUCCAGAGCUAGCUCUUACUCUGCGCUACCCUCAGUGUUCCAGAGCUAGCUCUUACUCUGCGCUACCCUCAGUGUUCCAGAGCUAGCUCUUACUCUGCGCUACCCUCAGUGUUCCAGAGCUAGCUCUUACUCUGCGCUACCCUCAGUGUUCCAGAGCUAGCUCUUACUCUGCGCUACCCUCAGUGUUCCAGAGCUAGCUCUUACUCUGCGCUACCCUCAGUGUUCCAGAGCUUGCUCUUACUCUGCGCUACCCUCAGUGUUCCAGAGCUAGCACUUACUCUGCGCUACCCUCAGUGUUCCAGAGCUAGCACUUACUCUGCGCUAUCCUCAGUGUUCCAGAGCUAGCUCUUACUCUGCGCUACCCUCAGUGUUCCAGAUGCCCUAAUAAUUGGGAUCAGGCUGAUAUUCAAAUGGUAUAGGUUCCCUUUGCAAUGUCACAAGUGAUCAAAAAAUAAACAUUUUUGAGACCUAAGCAGGAACUAACCAAAGGGCAAGAUACUGAGUUUUUAGUGUUCAUAUUCUCUUUUUUUUGUUUUGCAAAAAAAGACUGGACUUUUAUUUUUUUCCAUCUCGGCUUUAUGACUUUAAAUUCAACAUUAACCACAAUUAUCUGUUUAGUGAGUAAACCCCAGAAUUUAGUUUAUGCAUUGCAUUCUGUAGUGUGUAAACUAAAUAAUGCCCCCCCUCCUCCCCCUAUUUUAUUUUAUUUUUCAUUUUGUUCUGAGUGACUUUAGUUCUUUUAAUGUUCCUUUAACAUUGAUCUUCUUGUUCUGUUGAUGAAAUAUGCAUUAAUAAAUAAUGGAAGGCAUCUUAAAGGUUUCAUAAACUGUGCCCAAACAGGAGUUGUCCUAGAUAUCUGAUUCAAACCGUGAUCCACAUUUCUAGGCUUUGUAAAUGCAGUCUACAUCCUUCCUGUAUUUAAUCCUUAUGACCAUUAUAAUAUCACCAAACUCUCUUUUGUUUUCGCCAAACAGGAUUGAGUGACAUUCUAAGAACUGAAGAAGUUUAGCCUUGACAUAUGAACAGUAAUAUUUAAUACCAAGGUAUUAAAAUUUCAUCAUCGUGAAAUCGAACAAUGACAGGUUCAUCGUUUUUCAUGUAAACUUAACUUCAGGAUGAGGCAGCGAGAAGUGUUUUGAAAGUUGGAAUACAGAUUAAAAAUUGAUCUUGAUGAUGAUAUAGAAAGUAUACUAUUGCAGCAAAAUGGAAACAGGACCUGGUUCUGAUCUGCAAUUGGAUGAACUGCCUGUGACUACAACAGCGGCUCCCACUGAUUCAUAUUCUUCAUAUAAGGUAAGCUGCAGCCUCACACUUGACCGCUGUUGAUCUGCACUUGCUAUUGCUGGCUACAUUGAUUUGUAUAUUCUACAAAAUUGUACAUUGUUCAUUUCAUUGUAAAUGCAUUGGCAAUGAUAGUACACCAAUUGUGCCCACCUCAUUUUUACCUUUGGACUCUUACAGAACGUUUAUUUUGUAGGAAUAUAUAAAUCAAUUGUAUUGUAUUGUGCAAAGCUGUUUUUUUUCCUUUCUUUUUUCCCCAGGAAUAUUCUGAUAUCCUGUUUACAUAAAUUGACAAUAUAGCGCAAUAAACUUUCCAUGCCCUAACCACAAGAUACUGCACUUAACUUUGCAAACUUUGAAAUCUUCUGUCACACUUUCACUGCCAGUGUGAUGACAUUAGGUCUGAAGGAGCGUAGUCAUCCUCAAAUUACUGUAGUCAAUUCUGAGACCUGGCUAUGAGAGACAGCGAUUUAGCUAGCAUAAUGUUGAGGAAAUUUUAUGCAGUUUAAAUCCUUUCCUUGAGCUACAACUAGAGUUGUCCAUUUUACAAAACGAAACAAAUAGAAAAGAUGACUAACACUUGUGUGUUUUGCGUUUGGAGUUUCUGGUGCUUCCUCUGUGUGUAAGCAGAUAAUAUCCUAUUAUCAUGCAUGAGUGCAUGAACAUGCAUCUAUAGUAAGCGUAUUUUUAUACUAAAAAUAGGGCUCAUAAUGUUAUGUUACUAAAGGGGCUCACAAGUUAUAUGAAGGUACAAUUUUAUAUAUAUAUGAAAUAUAUAUAUAAUUUUUAUUAUUAUUAUUAUUUUUUUUUUUUUUUUAAUAAAGGUGUACAAAAAAAAACAUUUAAGCAAAAUAACACUUUAAAAUGUAUUUCACAGGUUUCUAUUAAUGAAAAAUACAUAUUCACAUUAUUAACUUAUACUGGAUCUGGUCAGUUUGUCAUUUAUGACUCUGAAGUGCACUUAAAAACAUUCAGCCUUUUGUCCUAGUCACUAACCUCAAAAAAAGGCAGUAGACUUGAGCUAGCCGUGCUCCUGGCCUUGAAUACGACAGUUUAUCCUUCAUAUCAGCAGAGGUGAACAUAAUCCCUGGGCUCUGAUCCACAUCCUGGAAUGCUCAUUAAAACCAGGAAUAGUCUGUUAUCUCACCUCUAUUUUCUCAUCUCUUUUUUUCUAAACAAUCAUGCAUGCAUGUAUAACCUCACGCACACAGAGGAUGAUACAAUGCUGCUUGUUUCUAUUCACUUAUGCAAGCAGCUGUAAUUAUUUACAAGUGUGAGCAGCUUUGUAUUUGCAUUUUGUGGGGAUAUAUUCAUGCAAUAGUAAAUGCAAUAGUAUUGUCUUGACACAGUCUCAACUUUGCUGUUGGAAGUGUAAGAAUUAACAUUGCUCUAGUCCUAUCCCUUGUGGUAGGUUAGACUGUAAUAGUUCUUUAUAAUUACAAUAUGUAGAAUAUUGACCAUGCUUUUGGUCUGACGUUGCACUUCAGUUUUGACAGUCCGACAGAUGAUUGUUAGGCAAUGGAAUUUUUUUUCCAGGCAUGUGUUUUGCUCAGCUCUCUCCCAGCCAAUCGAACUCACCUUCGCGAGUUGGACUGCCACCCACUGUGAUGCUAGCAGCUAACAGUAUUUCAGGAUGGGGAUGUGCAUAUAAGGGACCAAUUAAAGUUAUAUUUAUAUACCGUAUGUGACUUCUCUUUCUGGACCCUGCUUUCUACUUGACAUAUAGCUAUUCGGCAUACUGCAGAGUAUCACUACAUGAGCCAAAAGUAGCCUUUCUUCAGUGAGCAGUACAUACACUCAGAUAUACAGUACUAAUACUAGUAUUUCUCUGAAAAAGGUGCUUGAAGACAUUGGCAAAAAAAAAAACCCCAGAGCUUCACGCAUAUCUGCUUAACAACACAACCACUCAAACAAAAAACACAGUGGUUAUGGUGCUUGAGUGUGUCCCUUUAAGGUCAUGAUCCAAAUCUUCGUUACUCUGUACAUUCAUUAGCUGAAAAUAAUUAGUAAAGCUUGGGGAAUUAUUUACUCAACAUUCAUUUGUUGUGAAUAAAGUAAUAAUCAAGUAACUGUUUGUUCAAUUGAAUGAAAUUGCUGGAAGUGGUUUUCAUUUAUAUUUUUUUUUUUCUGCAUGUUUAUUGGAUAAUUCUUUGAAAAAUAUACUGGUUUCUUUCAUUUCACUUACCUUGCUGAACUCAUUUAAAUGUUUCUUUGUAAUCUUGUUCCAGGCAAGAGCUACUCACAUUUUAAUACUAGUUUUUCUUGUUUUCUUACAGGACAACCUAAUUGGUGCUCUGCUUGCCAUAUUCGGCCAUCUUAUUAUCAGUAUUGCACUCAACUUACAGGUAAGAAUAACCUGCCACGCUACAGUGAAAAACAAAAAUGACCUGUCGCCUGUCGAAAAACUAUUUACUCUAAACAGUGGACCGUAAAAUGUUAUGUAAACAGUACAUCCAUUUAACAUAUUUAAAUACAUCACUAUAUUUCAAUUGUUUGGGUUUUUUGUUUUGCUUGUGUUUAGAUAGAAGUCACCUAUUAUGUCUGGGGUAAGCACACUCUCUGAUCAACCUCCAGCCGUCCCUCUCUUUCAAAGUGUCUCUAUUUGGCUAUUAAUAACAUUUUACAGUUCUGGGUUAGUUAGCUAUGCCUCUUACUCUGGUGCCAUAGCAGUACAAUAAAUCCUAUUAUUAUUAUUAUGUUAUUAUUUAUAUAGCACCAACAAAUUCCGCAGCGCUUUACAGUGGGUGUACGAACAAACGUGUAGUUGUAACCAGACAAGUUGGACACACAGGAACAGAGGGGUUGAGGGCCCUGCUCAAUGAGCUUACAUGCUAGAGCAGUGAUGGCGAACCUAUGGCACGCGUGCCACAGGUGGCACGUCGAGCCCCCUCUGUUGGCACACGGCCACAGGUCGCAGGAGGGAGGGAGGGUGCGCAUAGCGCUCCCUCCUGCCAGGCACUCUGUCUAGCGUGGCCGAGCGCGCCGCAGUACAGGAACUUAUGUUUCCUGUACCCGGGCGGACGGAAAUGAAGUGCUCACAGAGAGAGCACUUCCUGUCCAGCCGGGUACAAGAAACUGAGCUCCACGGUGCGCUCGGCCAUGCUACAAGGUAGGAGAUCAAGGACGGGGGGGGAAUGAAAACUAAGGGAGGGAUGGGGGGUAGAAAGAAAAUUGAAGGGGGAAUAAAACUGAGGGAGAUGUGAGGGGGGAAAAAAACUGAGGGAGAGAUGGGGGGGGGAAACUGAGGGAGGGAUGGGGGGAAAGAAAUCAGUGGGGGGGAGGGGGAACGACAUACACACAGCACCCCUGCCCUACACAUUUCACCCCACACAAACACAAACACACACACACAUCACCCCACACAAACACACACACAUCACCUCACACAAAAACACACAUAACCCCCCACACACACACACACAAACCCUACCCACCCACACACACGAACCCCCACAUCACCCCACACACACACACACACAUCACCCCACACACAAACACACACACACACAUCACCCCACACACAAACACAUACACUGUACCCCUCAAUGCAGUGUGUGUACACUCAGCAGUCUGUGUGUGUUUGUGUGUACUCAGCAGUGUGUGUGUACUCAGCAGCCUGUGUGUGUACUCAGCAGUCUAUGUGUGUGUAUUUAGCAGUCUGUGUGUGUGUGUACUCAGCAGUCUGUGUGUGUAUUCAGCAGUCUGCUAAAUACAGACAGACUGCUAAGUACACAUACAGACAGAAUGCUUAAUACACAUACAGACAGACUGCCGAGCACACACACAAACUGCUUAAUACACACACAGAGAUGUUAAUUAGUUCGGACAACUGUAUGAGUUGUUUUUUCUAAACUUAAACCUCAAUAUUCAGGUUUAAUUGCCGUUUUGGCACUUUGAGGAAAAAAAAAUUGGCAUGUAUUACGGUUUGGGCACUCGGGCUCAAAAAGGUUCGCCAUCACUGUGCUAGAGGGAGUGGGGUAAAAUGACACAAAAGGUUAGGAUAGUAUUAGACUAGUGACAGUUGCAUUCCACUGCAUCUCUGCUGGACAUUAAAAAAUAAUGGCAAAAAUAUUUCAAAAACUGCUUAGCUGUUUUUUAUGUAUAUGAUUGUUAUUACAAUAUAACCAAGGAUAAAUGGUAGAGUUUUUUUUUUUUUUUAGGAUCUUGCUUCUCAGGGCCACUUGCAUUGGAAGAUUAUAAGGAAAACAGGGGGUAAUCAAUUCAUCAUGAUACUUACAGUACAUUCAGAAAGUAUUCAGUCAUUUUUUUAAAACUUGUUUCCAUGUUUCAGCCUUAUUCUAGAAUUGUUUUCUUAUUCUACGCUCAGUAACCUUUAGUGAUCAAGCAAAAAAAUAUUUUUUUUUUGUUUUUUUUACUUUGUAAAUUUAUUUAAAAACCCCCCCUGAAAUUUAGAGUUGUCCCACUCUUGUUUCAUUAUACCAAAACCAUUGGAGGCUGUGAUCGCUGCCAAACGUGCUUCAAUUAUGUUAAAAGGAUACUACAGGCAUUAAAACAACGUUUAGCUUAUUGAAGCAGUUUUGGUGUAUAUACCAUGCCCCUGCAGUUUCACUGCUCAAUUCUCUGCCAUUUAUGAGUUAAAGGUAUACAAUAGGCAUUUAACUGAAGGUGUCUACGUGCAGUGCCCCUAUCUGUUGAACUCUGUAAUGUAUAAUACUGCAGUUUUUGAGAAAUUGCAAUGAUUAAUAUGCAGGGUUAACUCAACCUCUUGUGUCUGUCUGGAAGAUAGCCAUUAGAGGAGCUUCCAGGUACCAAACGGAGAUUUACUUUUACUAAACAAUGCUGGGUAAUGUAAACAAUAGUAGCAUAAGGCUGCCACAGACAAAAGGAAGGAGUAUGAAUAGUUUUUGAAUGCAUUGUAAAUUGGUACACAGGUCUCAGUUCAAUAUAACAACUCUUAGAAAUUGUUUGCUAUAAACCAUUGCUUUCUUGGUGACUGCCUCCAUCGUGGUAACAUUUAUACCGGCAUGUUCUUUCCUGUCCCAGUACUGUACGCCAGUCAGCACUGACCAGGUUGGAUGUAAUUUACUUUGAUAAUGUAAAAGUUACUUUUUCUGUAUUAUAAAUCUGACUGAGAUGGGAAUGUCCCUAGGUCAGUGAUGGCGAACCUUUUUGAGCCUGAGUGCCCCAACCGCAAUACAUGCCAACUUUUUUUUCCUUAAAGUGCCAACACGGCAAUUAAACCUCAAUACUGAGGUUUAAGUUUAGAAAAAACAACUCAUACUGUUGUCCAAACUAAUUAACAACUUUUGUUUUAAAAGAACAUAACAGAGAGUUCAAUUAUACAAAUUUUAAAUAAUGAUAUAAAUAGAUAAAAUUAAGCUUAUAUUUAUUAGUAUCUCAAACAAAUGCAAUACAUACACGCAGUCUGUUGAAUACACACACACAAGACUGCUGAAAACAGAGACUGAUGAAUACACACACACACAGUCAGAGUACACAUACAGACAGACUGCUGAAUACACACACAGACUGCUGAAUACAUACACACACAGUCCACUGAAUACACACAGACACACAGUCCGCUGAAUACACACAAUACUGAGUACACACACACAGACUGCUGAAUACAUGCACACACACAGACUGCCGAAUACACACACAUACUGCAUUGAGGGGUGUAGUGUGUGUGUGUGUGGGGUGCUGUGUGUGUGUGUGUGUGUGUGGGGUGCUGUGUGUGUGUAUGAGGGGUGGUGUGUGUGUAUGAGGGGUGUUGUGUAUGAGGGGUGCUGUGUGUGUGUGUCUGUGGGGGGGUGCUGUGUGUGUGUGAGGGUGCUGUGCUGUGGGGGGUAGGGGUGCUGUGUGUGUUAUGGGGGUGCUCUGUGGGGGUUAGGGCUGCUGUGUGUGGGGGUAUGGGUGCUGUGUGGGGGUUAGGGCUGCUGUGAGUGGAGGGUAGGGGUGGGGAGGGAUGCUGGGUGGAGGGGAGGGAACCUGGGUGUGGGGGAAGGGAGGGGUGCUGGGGAGGGGUACUGUGUGUGGGGGGGGUAGGGGUACUCUGUCUGGGGGGGUAGGGGUACUGUGUGUUGGGGGUAGGGGUGCUGUGUGUGUGUGGGGCUGGGGUAAAGGUGUUUUUAAAAAAAAGUAUGCUAAAUCAGUAUCCCCCCUCCCUCCUUCUUACCUUUAAUGAAGAAGGGGGGGACACAGCCAUCCCUGGUGGCAAGCACUGCUUCCGUGUCGGGAGGCAGGGGGAGGGAUCUGUGAAGCAGCUCCCCUGUCCUCCCAUGCGAUGCUGUAUGGAGCGUAGCCAUGGUAACGCCUUGCAACGCUCUACACAGCUUGCUCGCAGGAGGACAGGGGAGCUGCUUCACAGAUCCCUCCCCCUGCCUCCCGACACGGAAGCAGAGUAGGUGCCUGCCGUUUUGGGCAGGCAGGUGCCUACUCUGCAUUGAUUGUGAACCUAUGGCCACGUGCCCACAAAAAGGGCCCGGUGUGCCACCUGCCCACAGAAAGGGCCCGGUGUGCCACUUGUGGCACGCGUGCCAUAGGUUCGCCAUAACUGCCCUAGGUGGAGGGAAGAGUUUAAAGAGACAUGCAUCAUUUGACAAUUAUUUUUUUACCAGCAAGCAAAGACUUUUAAACAAAUAUAUAAAGAAAAAAAAUGAAGUAAGAAAACACUGAAAAGUAUGUAAUAAACAUUUGUAAACCUAUUAUAAACUUGGUCAGAUUGCAUUAUAGCGUACGCCUUUCACUAGUGGAGUUUCUUCAAACCCACCCCCUUUCCAAUCCAUCUAAGACCAGUCUAAUAAGGACAGAAAUAGAGCAUAAUUGUGCAGCAGCAGGAGAGAGAAACCUGACACCAAAGCCUGCUCUGCAUGAUCACACUGAUCAGACUCCCUCUCUCCUCCCACUGUCAGGAUGUUGCAAGGUGAAGAGAUCUUCCAACUACACAUGUGUAACUCUGGCAGCUGUGAUUAAUGUGUUUUUUCAAUAUUCCUUGGAAUAGGACACUGAUUGUAUUGAUCAGUGUCCCACCUGGAGUGGAUUUGGAAAGCAUAAAAAGGAAGUAGGGAAAUAUGGGGGAAUUUAUCUUUUAGCCUGUUGAGAGUGGCCACUAUCUCAUUUAAAUCUAAAGCCUUUGAAUGAGACAGUUGUCUAAAAGUAAUGCAUGUCCGUUUGAAUGUUUUGAUAUUAAACCGAGGGAUAGUGAAGGUGACCAUGAGUGCCCCACUAAAUUAUUUUAACUUGCAUAUACUAUAUGAAAAACAUGGUUCAGUGUUUACAAAGUAGCAGUCUUAUGUUACAUGUUUGCUUAGCCCUGCUUACUCAUUUCAUGCUAACUGUAAUUUGUGUAACCUAGAAAUACAGCCAUGUACGACUGGCAGGUUCAAAAGAUCCUCGAUCGUACUUCAGAACAAAGACGUGGUGGUUUGGGUUUCUCUUGAUGCUGCUUGGAGAGACUGCUGUGUUUUCAUCCUAUGCCUUUGCUCCCCUCUCUCUAAUUGCACCACUUAGUGCAGUCUCUCUCAUUGGUGAGUAUUUGAACAGGUACAAAUCCAGCGUUAUAUAAUUGUGAUAUAAAAGAUAGUCUUUUUUUAUAAAGUAGUUCAUGAAAAAUAUUUUUUGUCAUAAUGUUGCACCCAACUGGCUUUUCUAAGUACAGAAUGAAUUGCAGUGAAAUAUAAGUUGUAAGAAUACUUGGAGAACAAGCACUAGAGAUCACCGUACAGUGUUAUAUUGAGAACUAGAAAAGCUACAAUUUCUGGGGAAAUUAUGUGAAGUGUUCUUGCCUCCACCAGAAGUCUACAACUGGAAUGGGCGGAGUAACUGUUGUGUGGUUGGAGUGGCUGGAGUAACUGUGGAAAGGUUGGACUGGGCAGAGUAACUUUACGGAGUGGGCAGAGUAACUGUGUGGAGUGUUUGGAGUGAGUAAAGAUAGUAAACAUUACACUAACCAAUUGAUUGAUGAAAUUUAAAAAGUCCACAUGGUAGAAGCUUGAUAGAAUGAGAAAUGCAUUUCAACUUUUAUUUAUUUAUAUAGCACAUUUAAUUGCAACGUUGCUGCCCAAAGUGCUUCACAGUUACAUUAAACCAUACAUUUAUAAAAACAUUAGCAGGUGUACAAAAGGCCCUCUCUAUGACAUCACUUGCUGCUCCAGCCUGGCACAGGUCAGAGUAUUUUGGCGGUUGCCAUUUUCAACUAUAAAUCCUACAGCGAAGAUCUUUAUAUUGUGAGAAUCUCAAGACCCAGACCUACAUUGUGAUGCAUAGUAUGUCUCUGAAAUAUUAAAAAUGAAGGCACAGUCACAGUUUAGAAAUUGUCUUCAAAUUUGAGCUGGCUAGAGUGGAGUUUCAAUGAAGGUCAAUGGAUGGCAUGAGUUGCAAACAAAUGGUCAUAUUAUGAAAACUACCAGGACUAUGGCUUAGCCGUGGACAUGUUUAGUGGCAGCAGGGAUAGCUGAACGUUUUGAUAUAAGAUUUGUGUAGGUGGGCCUGAAAAUAAGGGAGUGGUGGCAGUUUAGAAAUCAUGUCCUGAUUUUUCAGCUUUUGCCAGCUCCCACUUUAGUUUUGAAAAUUUUGCCAUUCAUUCCUAUGGGACCAAUUUUGCCAAAAGAACGACAAUAUUCCACGAACCAUUCAGUGAAAUGUUCCACAUAGUAAUAGCACACCAAUCAGGAACAAUCCGCACGUUUCAUUAUAUUAUGGUCUAUGUAGUGUAAAAACUGUGGGAGGAGUUAGGGUGGUAAAUUUGGCUAUAAUAAGAAUAAUAUAUAUGUGAGAUAACAUCAAGUGGUCUUGCUAUGCAAGAACACUUACAUAUAGUAAAUUGUUUCAUACAAUAAUUGCCACACAGAGUUAAAGAAUACAUAUAAUCAGAGUUCUAGGUUACUUGGCACCCCGAGCAGAAAUGUAUGUUGGCACCCUUCUUCCCGAACUGUCCAAUUGUUUUUGUGUGUCACUCUGUGCCCUCCUUACCCUCCUUUUGUCAGGGAAAUUACACACACACAAGCACUCACAUUUACUCACUUGUUUACAAUCACGAACACAUACAUACUGGAGUGGGAUCCAGUGGGGAGCUGCUGGCAUCACAUUGUGCCCUUGCUGCACAGCUCCCUGCUGCUCUGCACUGGGGAUGGGGCAAUUUCGUGCAAUGCAGGCUAUGUAAAGUGAUCACAUUAACUCCCUCGUCACCCGGCCCUCAUUUAUAUUGGCAGAGUAAGCACCUGCCCCAUGACUCGCUUGUCAGCAAUGCGCCAGUAGGGAGGUGCAUACUCUGGCGAAAAGGCAGGGUGGGGGGGUGGUGCUCUGUACACCACCUAUCACCUGACUUCCAGUUUUGUGGGGGAAAAGGUGAACAAGAAGCAAAGCAUUCUGGGACAAAAGAGAGAGGAUGAUGCAUGAGUCACAACUGUAUGAAUUCACUCCACAGAUGGUGAUUUUAGACAAGCAACCAAUGUUAAUGCUACUGUUAAAUUAGUUCCUAGGUACAGUCAAGAAAGCUUUUCUGUUAAUGAAAAUGCCAGUCGGAUUACAUCAUUAACAUUCUCUGUUUAUGUAACUAAUGCGGGGAUGAAAUCUAGGACCAUAAAAUAAUGUAUAUGCUGGCCAUAAGGUAGGUGUUAUGGUCAAGAUGAAGAGAGGAGAAUUUUAACAUUAGGCCAGUGAUUCGGACUGUGUGCACCCAAGCAGUGUGCACACAGUCCUACAGGCUUCUCCUUGCAGGCACUUUACCUGCAAGAAAAGAAGGUCAUGGUGGUUGGAGUAAGCUUUUUAACUAUAUACUAUUAUUUACUCAUCUCUCCCAAGUGCUGCUGUUUAGAUAGUGUUCUCUUCUCUAUCCUACCAUUUGUCUUUUUCUGCAGUCCUUAAUGUGUGGUUUGUAUGAGUGUGUCAAAGGCCUUCACAGCAAACCAAAUCUCAAUAAUGUACUUUUCCAGUUAUAAAUGUCACACAAAGGUGAUCUGUAGUUAAUGUGUGCUUAACAUAGAUUGAUUAAACAAAAUACUUUUGUCUUUUUGUACGUGACUGGUAAUUAAUAAAUAUAUAUAUAUAUAUAUAUAUAUAUAUAUAUAGCUAGCCAUCAGUAGGUCAUGAAGUCAUAUAAACAUUCUCUGAAUUAUCCAUCUCUGUAGCUACACUGCAAACUCAUCGGUGGGUGUGUUCAAAGUAAGGGAGGAAUGGAUUCCUCGCCCAUUAGUUCCUCUUAUUGUAUUAUAUCUAAGAUUCCAAAGGGUAUCUUAGGAGGAAAGGGUUAAACACUCACCUUUCUCCAGCGCUGGGCUCCCUCGGCGCUGGGGACUCUCCUCCCUCUUCUGAUGUCAUCGGCUGAAUGCGCAUGUGCGGCAAGAGCCGCGCGCGCAUUCAGCCAGUCUAUAGCAAAGCAUUUUUAAUGCUUUCCUAUAGACGCUGGCGUCUUCUCACUGUGAAAAUCACAGUGAGAAGCACGGAAGCGCCUCUAGCGGCUGUCAAUGAGACAGCCACUAAGAGACUGGAUUAACCUUAAUGUAAACAUAGCAGUGUUUACAGCAGGCAGAGUUAAUCCGAGAUGGACCUGGCACCCAGACCACUUCAUUGAGCUGAAGGGGUCUGGGUGCCUAUAGUGGUCCUUUAAAUUCUUUAUUUUUGCUGUGGAGAACCUCCACUGGUUUAAUGGUAACAUAUAAUCAUCCAGUACAAGAGGAUAAUAGGUAAACAAAACAAUGAGUAACAAUAUACACGAGUCAUUCUUGGUUGGGCGCUCCUGCAGCUCUGUUAGUGACAAUAGAAUACCUGGGAGAAAACAGUGAGCGUGUAGGUCUGCAUAUCAUGCUUGCCGCUCAUGCGGGUUCAAGGUGUGCAAUAUGCUAUGGCAUUUCAGCAGAUUAUAAGUGUUUAGGGUUAACGGGUUGGUACUGCUUCCUGGCAGCUCCAGCGGGUGCAAGAUGUACUCUAUGGUGUGGUUUCUCGAUAGGACUUAAGGUUAACGGGAUUGGCGCAUCUUGUUAGCUGCUCAGUCGUGCUUAAGUGAGCAUCCUAGUAUAUCAAGAUAAUAGCUCGUGUGGGUUUGAGAGUAACUAUUUGGUUCAACAUGCUUGCAGCCCAUGCGGGUCCGGUACAGGCCGUGCGGAAAACAAGCUGGCCGCUCAUGUGGGGAUACAUCCCGCUGGUCGCUCAAGUGAGCUACAAAAUAAAUGCCUUAGCAUCUCCCGUCGGUAACUCUUGCAAUGUUAAAGGCAUAAUGUCAUAAUAUGCACAUUGAUAACCUUCGUUAACGGCUCUUUUGGAGUCAUAAUAUACACAUUGGCAGACUUCGUUAGCGUCUUGCCUGAGAUUAAAAUGCGCACUUUGAUGUCACCUGUUUAUAGCUCUAGUGGAGUGAAUGUGGGCGCAUUGACAGAGUAUAUUAGCUACGUGUGUGAGGUUAAAGUAGAUUCACUGGUAGCACAAGUUAUUGCCUCAUGUAAGAGUUGAAAUAUACACUUCUGUGGUACAGUUUAGUUACUCAAGGGGGGAAAUGUUGCUAUUGAUGGGAUAUGUGAGUGACUCUUGUGGGGUUAAUAUAAGAUCCUUGGUAAAGUCUUUUAUUUAUUUACCUCUGUUACCCAAUAGUAAUAGUGUUGGGAAAUGUACCCAUUGUAGGGUUGCCAUGGCUUAUGAUCUGGAAAGAAAAUUACGUCAAGUAUGAAAAAAAAAUUUUUUAAAUGAUCAGUGGAAUUAUUGAUGUCCUGUUGGUGGAAAGUGUGCUACUAUUCAGGAUUCUUCUGCGAUCUCUAAAGAACGCUCUCAUUUUUGUCUAAAAGCGUUUGUACUUAUUUUUAUUUCACAUACAUUGACAGUAUUAAAUUUGUACAUAUGUAAAAAAGAAUUGCCAUGGUGUUUCUUCAUGAAAAUGAACUACUCGCAGUAUUAAGGCUGCAAUAUCCAAUAAGUUGGCGCAAAUCUCAAAUGAGAUGAGGUUUUGUUUCCAAAUUUAAAUAGUCUAAAUCAGCUUGCCAACAGUUUAUAAAAUCUCAAUUAAGAGCUCCUUUUCUCUCCUUUAUAAAUAAUGUAAUGUCAUGAUUUUUGAAAUAUUUUGAGCAUUAUGUUGUUACAAUAAAAUUAGAUACUUGAUUAUAAAACUUUCUGGCUUUUAAUACUGGUUGAAAAGGCUUUCACAUUAACAAUGCUUUUUAUCUUAAACAGCCAGCUCAAUUAUAGGAAUUAUAUUUAUUAAAGAAAAGUGGAAACCAAAGGAAUUUUUUAGUAAGUAUAUGGCAAUUAAAUUUACCUAAACACCUCUUCUCUUGAUUCUUAUGUGUUUGUUGAUUUACCUCACAUCCCAAAUAAUCAGUUUUGUGCAUGGAAAUUAGUUGCAUGACCUCACAAUUUCUGUUAAAGAUACAGCUUCAAAAAUAUUUGGAAAUAGUCUUGGAUGCAAAUUGUUGUUAUUGCCCAUACUAUUACAUAAUUUUAGAUCAUAUUAGAAGAUCAGUUCCUCUUCAAACUUGCCGUUGUAAUUGGUCAAUUUUUGACAUUUGACAAACUGAACAAUUACAUUGAUGGGGCCUUGUGACAUGUAUUUAAUUGGGAUGACUAUAUAGUCAAUAUUAGCAUGCUCACAUUUCUAAUAAGUUAAUGCUAAUAUAUGGUUGAUGAUCACUAAGGACCGGACUGAAAAGGAAAAGAUGUUGAUCACAUCUUAACUAAUUCAUAGACAAAUUCCUGCUGCAGUAUUGGGGGAGUGGAGAGACCAGGUCACAGAUUUCCAUGACACCAAUGGAAUACACACUUGAAUUAAUUUUGUAUACAAUUUAUAUCGUAGUUUUCCUGAGUUGUGCAUUUACUUAUUUUAGUUGCUAUGGAGCUAUACAGUUAUAUUUCAUACAACUGUUGGUCUGCCUCUGAAAAGUGGUUUAAAGAGACUAAAACUGGAAAUGUCACAUCAACUUUACUGUGGUUUUAAGUAUGUUGUGAUCAUGGGUAAAUUAUUAUAUAGAACACUUUAUUUAGUUCUGUUAUGGAAAACCAAUUAAACAUGUUACUCCUAUUUGUACACUUGGUAGAGGAGGUGCCAUUUAAAAUGUAACUGGCAUAAACCGUUUUGAACUGUUGAACUGAUUGGCACAAUAUGCCUUAGAGAGCCUGACACAUUAUCAUUCACACACUGAUCAUUUAAUUUUCUGUGAUUUAAGCAUGAUUUGGCUGAAAUCCUGAUACUUAACACUAUUUUGCUUGCAUGCUAACUAACCACACCUUCUCACGUAUGUAUGUAUGUGUCUUUUCUCUUCAUUCUCUCCUUGCCUCCAAAGGACGUUAUAUCUUGUCCUUUAUAGGCUGUGGUUUAGCAAUUGUCGGCACCUAUUUGUUGAUAACAUUUGGACCUAACAGCCAUGAAAAGAUGACCGGAGAAAAUAUUGUGAAGCAUUUAGUCAGCUGGCCAUUUUUACUCUAUAUGGUAAGUUCCUAUUCCACUGUCCUCAUUUCUAUUCCGUGAUCUAUGUCUUGGGUUUAAACCCUUUCAUGUUACAAGUUAGAUAAACACUUUUUUGUUUUUUAUCAUGACAGUCAAGGCAAGUGUCAUGAUGGGGUGAAAGGAAAUAACCUAAAAUAAUGCUGCCCGUUGAACUGAAUGGGUGGUUGGGAAGAAUUGUUGGAAGUAUAAGAAGGGUGCUAAAGCCACUUUAUAGAUACAUUUAAUUUCUAAAGCUCACAUAGAAUAUUGUGUCUAUUAUUGAAAACGUUAUCUUUUGUAAAACACAAGCUACGUGUAUUGUCUAUUAAAGUCCCCUAACAUGAAGCCCUCGGCUUGUCAAAAGAUAUAAUGUAGCACAGUAAAUUAAAUUUUACACACACUGAGAAACUUGAAAUGUAAUUUUAGCCCAUUGUAUAAUAAAAAAUGAGCUAGGUUCAAUAUUACUCGUUUUGAAGUGGCUAUUAAACUUUAGGCCUGGCUAGUAGCCCAUUGUGAACCCUGCUCAGAGACUUCUUUUCUCGCUUUAAAACUUGAUUUAGUGAUUUGAAAACUUACUUUUAAAAUGUAUGCAUAGCUACUAGUGUCGGGGGAAAAAAAAGAAUCUUGACACCUAAUUUGUAAUCUAAGCUUUUUUGACUCAUGUUGAACAUUAUGGUUGUCAGAUACCUUAAAGGGACACUAUAGUCAACAAAACAACUUUAGCUUAAUGAAGCAGUUUUGGGGUAGAGAUCAUGCUUCUGAAGUUUCACUGCUCAAUUCAGUGCCAUUUAUGAGUUAAAUCACUUUUGUUUCUGUUUAUGCAGCCCUAGCCACACCUCCCUUGGCUGUGACUGACACAGCCUGCUAGAAAACAAAAUGAUUUUAUUUUCAAUCCGAUAAACACUUUUAACCCCUUAAGGACACAUGACAUGUGUGACAUGUCAUGAUUCCCUUUUAUUCCAGAAGUUUGGUCCUUAAAGGACCACUAUAGGCACCCAGACCACUUCAGCUUAAUGAGGUGGUCUGGGUGCCUGGUCCAGCUAGGGUUAACCCUUUUUUUUUUUAUAAACAUAGCAGUUUCAGAGAAACUGCUAUGUUUAUAAUAGGGUUAAUCCAGCCUCUAGAGCCUCUAGUGGCUGCCUCAUUGACAGCCGCUAGAGGCGCUUGCGUGCUUCUCACUGUGAAAAUCACAGUGAGAAGACGCCAGCGUCCAUAGGAAAGCAUUAUAAAUGGUUUCCUAUGAACUGGCGGAAUGCGCGCGCGGCUCGUGCCGCGCAUGCGCAUUCAGCCGAUGACGUCGCUAUGAAAGAGGAGAGGAGGAGGAGAGCUCUCCGCCCUGCGCUGGAGAAAGGUAAGCUUUUAACCCCUUGCUUUCCCCAGAGCCCGGUGGGAGGGGGACCCUGAGGGUGGGGACGAGUAUGUUUUCCUGGCACUGUAGUGGUCCUUUAAGGGGUUAAGGUAAGUUACUAUCUCCUGCACUGUAAAUUUAACUUUAAUUACAUACAGGAGGCUCUUGCAGUGUCUAGCAAGCUAUUAACCCCUUAAGGACACAGCUUCAGAAGCUUGUCUUACGAUUAAUGACACAAGCAAUUUUUGCAUUUUCUUACUGUAUGCGUUCAACUGCAAUUUGCAUCUCUCUCGUUUAUUGCACCGACACAUAUUAUAUACUGUUUUUUAAAGUACAGAAAGGGCUUUAAUUUGAUGUAACACAGAUAUAUAUAUAUAUAUAUAUAUAUAUAUAUAUAUAUAUAUAUAUAUAUAUAUAUAAAAAUGCUUAUUUAUUAUUAAAAAAAUACAGAAAAAAAUUGUGUUUUUUGUACAGUUUUUGCAAUAAUAAUGUGUGCCUAAUUAGUGCAGGUUAAAGAAAGUAAUUAAAAAUAAAUUCAUUUAGUUGUUCUGAUUUACAGAAUAUAUAAUGUGUCUGGGAUUUUAAGGUUUUUUUUGGUAGUUACAGGUCACAAAGCACAAGGAGUAAAAUAAACUUUUAAUGUGGAGCGAUUUUAGAAUUUGGUAUGUUUGUCUUGUAAGCUUAAUAGCCAUAAAAGAAAAAAUUGCCACACAAAAGUAUAUAUUUAUAUAAAGUAGACAUCACAGGCUAUUGUCCUAAAGUUGUUUUGACACUUUCUACGUAGCCAUUUCACCGCCAACCUCUGCUAAAUAUUGGAGUAAAAUUUAGUUUUUUGGUGUUUUUGGCACACAAACUUAUAACAAAGAAAUUCUCAUGUGUAUUUUGUAAAGUUGGUGUGUGCUAUUCCUGUACAAAGUUUUAUUUUGUGUUCAGUUACUUCUGCUGAGUACAACGAUACCCCCAUUGUAUGUCUUUGCCACUAUUUUGUGAAGCUACAUUGCCAUAUAGGAGAACUGUCCGUUUCAACAUUUACAGUAGAAUUUUGAGAGGCGGAUUUAAUGGGCCUAUGCUUCAAUUUGGGGUUUUAUAGCAGUUUGACUGUUCAAAAAAAACCCACAAAGGCCUACCAUUUGUAAAAGUAGACACUCCAGGGUAUCUCAUAAGGUGCAUAUUGUGCCUUAACAUGCCUCCAUUUUUUCACCAAUAAAUGCCAAAGUAUGUGGUAAAAAAUAAUUUUGGGCAUUUUUUUAUAUACGGAUUACAUUUUUGCUGGGCAUUUUGUACAUUUCAUAUGUGCCACGAAGUUCAAACCCCCCAAAUUAUGCUCAGCUAAGUCUUCUGAGUAAAACAAUAUGCCCAAUGUAUGACCUAGACACUGUUUUGUGAAGUUACACUGCUGUAAAAGAGACGUGACAAGUUAAGGUUUUUAAGUGUGAAUUUUCAUGGAGGGUUUUGAUGCGUCCGUGUCCCACUUUGGAGCACUUGAGCAGGCUACAUAUUAUAACUACACCAUAAAGGCAUACCAUUUCUUAAAGAACACAUCCCAGUGUAUUUCAAAAGGCAUAUUUUGAACCUUAGCGUGGGAUAAUCUUUCCGCUGGCUUGUACCAAGUGUAGUGGUAAUAAGCGUUUUUUUGACACACAAAGUGAGUUUGCACAGUGUGUUUUGCAAAUCGUAUGUUUGCUACGACUGUAUAAUACUUCAUAUGUUGCUCAGCUAUAUCGGCUGAGUACAGCAAUACCCCCGUAUGUACCUUUGCCUGGUAUAUGUGGACAUCGGAGGGGCACAUUUGGGACACAGCCAUUGCAGUUUUUCUCAAAUUUUGUAUUUUUAUGCUGUGUCUAUGUCCCAUUUCCAAUUACACCAUAAAGGCAUACCAUUUCUUAAAGAAGACAUGCCAGGGUAAUUCAUAAGGCAUAUUUUGAACCUUAGCGUGGGAUCAUUUUUCGGCUAGCUUGUACCAAGUGUAGUGGUAAUGAGCAUUUUUUUAUGUAUUUUUUUACUUUGUAACCUUUUUUUUUUACUUAUUAAAUGUUUUACACUUUCUUAACUUUUUUUACACUUUAAAAUUUUUUUCUAAACUUUUCUUUUACCGUUAACCCCUAACUAGCAGUAAGCAGCACUAACAGUAAAUUCCCACCUUUCCCAUAACUCCCACCCACUCAAGCUAGCAAAAUAUAUAUAAUUAUAAAAUAUUUUAAUUAAUUAAUUAAAUAAAUUGAAGCCCUGAGGGUUAAAAAAUAAAUAAAAGUUAAUCCUCAGUGGUUAAAAGAAAUUAGAUUACAGUAUAAUACUGUGAUCUGUAUUUUGAUCACUGUAGGCAGUGAUCAGCUGGCAGGGAAGGGGUUAAUUUUUAUUUAGACUUGGUAAAGGGUGGUAUAUAUAUAUAUUUAUUUAUUUUUUUUACUUAAACGUUACUAAAAAAAAAAUUUUAAAACUUUUUUUUCCCUUUUUAAAGCUUAUUUUAAAACUUUUUUUUAACGUUAACCCCCUAGUUAGCCUAACACCAAAUUCCCCAAUUCCCCACUAUCGUCCACCCAUCCCAGCUAGCUAAAUAUAUAAUUUUUAAAUAUUUAAAUUAAUUAAUAAAAUAAAUGUAACCCCUGAGGGUUAAAAAAAAAAUAAUAAUUAACCCUCAGGGGUUAAAAAAAAAAAUCAGAUGUCAUUAAAAUGUAUACCCUGCCAAUUGAUCACUGUAGUCAGUGAUCAAUUGGCAGGGAAGGGGUUAAUUGUAUUAAAGCAGGGGAAAGGGGGGUGGUGGGGAUUUAACUUUAUUUUAUUUAUUUUUUAAACAGGGAGAAGAGGAUCAGCUCUGAUCCAUCUCCAUGCACUUCACACAGAACCCGGAAGUGCAGGGAGACGGAAGGUAAGUGCACUGAGCACAUGUGCUCGCUCUGACAGCCUGUCAGAGCGAGCACCGGUGCUGGGGCAACCCGAUCGGGUGCUCGCGGUCUGCCUCUUAUACAGACCGGAGCACCGUUAACGUUGCGAUUGCCGUGAUCUGGGGUUAACUUUAGUAAAAAAAAUUUCCGUCAACGAUCCUUAACUCAAGGACAAGGUUGACAGAAAAUUUCCGUCUGCGGUCAAGAAGGGGUUAACAGAGCAGGGGAUAAGACAAUUCUAACUUACACGGAAUUUGCAAUAAAGGAAGUGUAAACAUUAGGUGACUCUUUGCAGAAAGUGUUUAGGAAGGCUGUGUAAGUCACAAGCAGGGAGGUGAGACUAGAGCUUCAUUAAACUAAAGUUGCUUUGGUGAUUAUAGUGUCCUUUUAACUUAAUUGUUAAUUUGGGCAUGUGCUUCAUUCACAUAAAGCUAUACAUUUAGAAAUGAAUUAGAAACAAGACAAAUUAUUUUAUUUUACCUAUGUAAUAGCUAAAAAAAUUAUAUUUUUUUUUAUUGUGUUUUUUUUUUUUUUGACAAUCCACAUUAAAUCAAGCAAAGUCACAGGAAGUAGAUCAUGGGAAUACUCUUGUAUGGCUCUAAUGAUGUCUGUUCUUUGUAGCUGGUGGAGAUUUUAGCUUUCUGCUCAUUGCUGUACUACUACAAACAGAAGAAUGCAAACUACAUGAUCAUUAUCUUGCUACUGGUCGCACUGCUGGGUAUGUGAACUAAUCCUGCGAAUAUAUAUUUAUGAUUUGUGUAGCACUGGUUAAUGGAAUAAUCUAGCAAUAUUCAGAUCUAUUAAUUGUUUUGCUAUUACUACAUUGUUUCUUUUUGUCUUCUGUGUUUUAUUCUCUUGUUUUCCACCUAUUCAAAUAACCCUAGCCUCUGUAAACCCAAACCAUUAGACCCCCUAUUCCAGCCCAUGUUAAAUAUUCUUACCAGUAGAAAGACAGUGCUCUUUUAUGAAGCUUAAAGUGUUCCAUUUGUUUAUAUUUGUUGUUUCUUACUAUGGGGAGACGUGUAUUUAAGAUAACUUGUAAACAUUUUUUCUUUCCUAGGUUCAACAACAGUUGUUACUGUAAAAGCAUUAGCUGGUAUGAUCAUGGUUUCUAUACGGGAUACCUUGCAAUUUGGAUACCCUAUUUUCUACAUCAUGUUUGUAUGCAUGGUGGCUACAGCUAUUGCUCAAGCAUCGUAAGUUCAUGCAUGACUGCAUUGUACACAUUUUCUCUGCUCCUUUGUACACUCAGGGCCUUGUUGAUACUCUAAGCGCCUCUGAGCAGGGCCUUCUUCAUCUCGUAAACCACGUGUAAAGCAGGCGAUAAUGUAGUUAAGGGCAUAUUCUAUUAUUUGUAGGUGAGGGGAAAGUACAUUUUCACAAGCAAGAAAACAAUGUUCAGUGACAUAUUUGAAAAAUAGCCUCAGUGUAAAUACCAGAAAGGUACAUUUUAAAACCAGUUAAAGAAUGUUUGAAAAAGGAGAAAGUAUCUCAUCAGGCUGGUUAGUCAAGCCUCCUAAUAAUACACUUACAGCUCUGUAAGUGGAACUUUACAAAAGGCUUACUGCUGCAAAGUAAACAAGUCAGCCUCUUUGUUUUCCCUGAUAGCAGUAGCAGAGAGAUAUUUUGUUGGGAGCUAAGCAGCUCCUGUAUGUUGCUGCUGCCUUGCACUUUCUAAAUCAGCUGCUUAUCCCAUUCUAUGUAAAUCAGCUUUUUAGAUACAAAUAGAAACACACUGCAUCACUAAUGCUACAAAUAGAUUUACAACUCAAUAGCUAACAAAGCCUGUUUUUAUUUUUUUAAAUUGUAUUUAUUUACAUAGUCCAUCAAGUUCAGCCUUUCUCACAUCUGUUUUUGCUGUUGAACCAAAAAAAGGCAAAAAAAAAAAAAAAACCCCUAUUUGAAGUACUUCCAAUUUUGAUCCCAUAAUCCCAUAAUGGCAGUCAGAUCUUUCAUUGGAUCAAGAAGCUAUUACCCCUCUAAUUAAAAAUGAUAUCCCUGAAUAUUAUGUUUUAACAAGUAUCCAUGCAAUUGCUGUUUAAACGUCCAUAUAAGUUUGCAAACUUCAGCAAAGGUCAGAUUAUCCCCCUUUUUUUGCUUGUGUUGUGUGGAAGACAAGAGGAAGUCUUCUGGGAUACUAUUGGAAAUCUUAUCCUAUACAGGAAAGUUCCUUUCUGUUGAAAUAAAUUAAGCACUUAUUACACUGUGGUGGGUGUUCACACACAUUGUUUCUUUCUGUAUUGCAAACGUCAGCAAAAGUCAGAUCAUCCCCCUUUUUUUGCCUGGUUUUAAUGUUGUGGCUGAUUAGUGUACAAUGGUGAAAGAAAGUCAAGGAGCCAUCCAUAACUAUCUAUAUCCUGUAUUAAUGUAAGUCUGAAUAAUGUAUAAAGAAAAUAUCUUAUAUAACCCUUUUGUAUUUUAACCUUACAUGUUUUAUUGCACUUUUUGAUCCACUGUUAUAAAAAAAUAUUUAUUUACCUGCUAUUUUUCCUGCAAUAUGUGUGCAAAUCUAUCAGUUUGUUACCCCAUGGUGCACCCCUUUAAAGAUCAAUCCUGCUCUUCGACAAGUUAUUUAGCCUAUUCCUCUUUAUAGAACAAUUCAAUGUUAUUUAUAUUUCUACACUUUCUUGUAUGAGUUAGUCAAUAGUGGUGUCCCGAACGGUUCGCCGCGGACGGCGAACAUAUGCGCUGUUCGGUCCGCCCCUAUGUCAUGAUUGAGUAAACUUUGACCCUCCCACCUCCUGGACAGCAUCCAUUUUACAUUCAUUGUGAAGCUGCAUUCUUAGUGAGCUGUCCAGGAGGUGGGAGGGUCUGGGAGGGAGGGUCUGCUGCUGAUUGGCUGGAAUGUGUCUGCUGAGGUACAGGGUCAAAGUUUACUCAAUGAUGACAGAGGGGGCGGACUGAACAGCGCAUAUGUUCGCCGUCCGCGGCGAACCGUUCGGGACAUCACUAUUAGUCAAUUUAGGGCAUGCCAUAAUACUCUAGUCCUGCUAAGAUCAGGACACUGACUUUGCUAAAUUAGAAAGAAAGAGCAAAAUUUCAUCAGAUUGGCUCAGGAAGGACCAUGGGAUCCUUCAUAGACCUCAAUGCUGUACUCUAGUACAUGCGCGAGAGAACAGCAGUGAUGUUGGAGCAGACCUAACAAGUGGCCAUCCCCUUGAUCUAGUGGCGAUAUCACCAUCGGGGAACUUUGAGAAUUUUGCAACGUCCCCAGACGGUGGCAGUGCUGUUUAAAUAUUGUAACACAUUCCCGUCUCCAGUUUUGUAAACAAAUUUAUGGUAUCUAAGCUAAUAAUUUUGUGAGCAUGCACAAUUCAGUUCACAAAACUACAUUUUACCAAAGUUGUAUUUGACAUUUUACGCGAGUUGUAGGGCUGAUUUCUUCUAGAGAGUACAUACUUUUUCUAACAACUACAAUGAAUGUUAGACCAUUGCACCAAAUAAAUACAUUAAAUCAUACAAUUUCGAGGUAUUCUUUGUUUUAAUCAGAUUCACUUUUAGCAGUAUUUUGUGUGAAAUUAACGAUUUGAUAUAUUUUCAUCUCUCAUUUACAACAGAUUUUUGUCCCAGGCAUCUCAGCUGUAUGAUUCUGCUCUGAUUGCAAGUGUUAAUUAUAUUCUCUGUACAACUAUAGCUAUAUCUGCUGGUAAGUGCCCAAAGAAUCUUACAUUGACAUAUCUGCAAGGGCAUGGAAGCUAACUUCUCUAUGGUGUUUUGUGAAAUACUGUGCCUUGUCUAGUUAACCGUGGUGGAGGAUUCCAAGCUGAAACAAUUGUAGAGAAUCAACAGGUUAGGCAUUUUAGUGUAGGUUUAUUAGAAACAUGAACACAAAAUAAAAUCUACAUUUCAGCCCAUAGGCCUUAGUCAUGUAUAGAAUGUAUACAUGACUAAGGCAUAUGGGCCAAAAUGCCAUAUUUUUUUUUAUUUUAUGUUCCUGUUUCUAAUAAACCUACAUUAAAAUGCCUAACCUGUUGAGCCUGUGCAUAAUCUAUUAGGACAAUAUAGACUUAAAAGUAUACAUUUGUAUUCCUAAUGCUAUAGUACUCGGUUAAUUUAGCAACUGUACCUCCUUUAUUUAAUUUUCAUUUUAAAUUUCAUUGCAGGAGCAGUAUUUUACUUAGAUUUCCGUGAAGAAGACGUGCUUCACGUGUGCAUUUUUGUUUUAGGGUAAGCUGGGGAAAAAAACAAAUUAUUUUGUCACAUUCCAACAAUUUCUUCACUGUUGCAAUUUAGCCAGUAGCAAUAAAUAUAUAUUUAACAGAAUGACAUAGUGGAAGAAUUUUUCCAAAUUCACAAAUUUGACCUUCGUAUUUCAAGUUUUUUAGCCUCCUGUACUGUCCAAGGUAAUUGCUUCUCCCAAUCUCUGCACUUUGAGUCAGAGCGCAGGCCGAUGAACAUAGAAUUUGUACUCUUAGACAUUUAGUGAGUGCUAGGAAAAUGUAAAAAAAAAUAGUGUCUGAAGCUGGCUUUAUCUGCUGGAGGUGCAGAACACCCUCCUUGCCAGCAGCUUUGCAAAGACACAUCGGGGGUUCACCUGUAGUGGCUAUACUGGUUUUACUUUACCAUUCAUGGGCAGAACAUUAGAUCAUAAAGAUGAAAAUAUAGAUUAGAAAUAUAAAAUAGUAUAUUAAUAAUAUAUGUCAAUAUGAAGUUUCUUCAUUAAAUAUUUAGUUGAAGUGAUUUAAAGGCCAGUUUGUACAUUUAGCCCAGUAAUCAAGGUGUGUCCCCUUCCUUCACAUGGCUAAUGGCAUCUAUAGAAAUGUAGCCAGAGAUCAUCCCCUUCCAUCUAAAGGUCACUGUCUAAUUGCCAUUGUCACUGUUCACUGACACUAUUUCUGCUCCUCCUGUUGUACCGGUCUACUUUCUUUCCCAUCUAUGCCUUUUUCCCCAAUUGUCUCUGCCCUACUUAUAUCUCUUUCAGUACCCCCUUCCUCCUGUUUUUGUGUGUCUCUAGUGAAGUCUCAUCCAGUUUUCAUAUCUUCGUCAAGAGAUAAGGAGUUCACCCCUGGGUAUUGUGAGCUUCACAGACCAGAGAGUUUCAGUGUAGAGGCAGUAACAGCUCCAGAAUGGCUUUAGUAAUUCAGGGUGCUGUUAAUAGAAGUCCAUGUCUAUGUACCUGAACAUCACAUGGAUCCAAAGUCCUUUUUGGCUUCCUACCAUCCAGAACGACGUCUGGUAUGCUGCCACAAGUAUUAUAAAACUCCUCUCUAGAGCCAAACUCAUCUCAUUAAUGCCAAGAGGAUGAAUGGACAUUUUUAUCCCUACUCUUUCAUCUUUUUAUGAGUAUUGCUAGAAUAUGAGUUUCUAGCAAUUCUCACAGUGCAGUAGCUAUCUUGGUAGUUUUAUUUUUUUCUUUUAGUAUUAGCCUAAUGGAUAUUAAUAUAUUAUUAUAUGGAAUGUUUGUUUUUUAUCAAUUGUAGUCUUUACAUCUGUAAUUAAAUAUUUAUGUGUAACAUCAAUGUAUUUGUUGUAUCUGUUCUCUAAUUAGCAUAAUUUGUUUUUCUUGAAGGUGCCUUAUUGCCUUUCUUGGAGUCUUCCUUAUCACAAGAAAUAGAAAAAAACCAAAAAGCUUUGAACCUUACGUUUCAAUGAACCCUAUGCCAGGUAAUACUAACUGCCACAGACAUGCUAUUUUGCAACCUAACAUUAUCAUGUAUGUAAUUAAAUGGUUAUUUUAAAUUUGGUAUGGCAUAUUCAUUUUAGGCUGUGAUCACAAUCUAUUGUUUGAUCGUUAAUGACGUAAGACUGAUACUGUUGAAGCUUUCUCAGUCUCACCUUCCCAUUCAUUUUUAACAAACACUUUUUUGCCAAGGAGAGACUGUAAGCACCAAAACAACUUUGAAUUAAUUAAGCAGCUUUGGUGCAUAGAUCAUGCUGCUGCAGUCUCUCUGCCCAAUUAUCUGACAAUUAAGAGUUAAAUCCAUUUUGUUUCUGCAUUCAUAGCCACACCUCCCCUGGCUCUGUCUUGCACAAUUUUGGUUUAAUUUUCAAUUGGAUCUUUUUUUUAUUAUUAUGAUUAUUAUUAUUGCAAUACAAUAUAAAACAUUACAUUACAAUACAAUUACAUACUAUAUAAAAUAUUAAAGGAUCACUAUAGGGUCAGGAACACAAACAUGUAUUCCUGACCCUGUAGUGUUAAAACCACCAUCUAGCCCCCCAGGGUCCCUCAUGCCUCCAUAAAUAUAGCAAAACUUACUGUAUUCAAGCUUGAAGCUGUAACUCUGCAUGCUGUUUGCCUCAGAAAAACAAGCAGUCUGCUGACAUCAUCAGAAGUGGUAGCCUGAUCCAAUCACAAUGCUUCUCUAUAGGAUUGGAUGAGAUUGACAAGGAGGCAGAUCAGGGGCAGAGCCAGCAUGAUUCAAACACAGCCUUUUGGCCAAUCAGCAUCUCCUCAUAGAGAUUUAUUGAAUCAAUGAAUCUCUAUGAGGAAAGUUCAGUGUCUGCAUGCACAGGGUGGAGACACUGAAUGUUUGGAUGCAUUUUAGGCAGCCAUGACCCAGGAAGGAUCUCUAACCACUAUCUGAGGAGUGGGCAGUGAAAUUAUCACUAGGCUGUAAUGUAAACACUGUAUUUUCUCUGAAAAGAUAGUAUUUACAGCAAAAGGCCUGAAGGUAAUGAUUCUACUCACCAGAACAAAUUCAAUAAGCUGUAGUUGUUCUGGUGACUAUAGUGUCCCUUUAAACUUUGGAGAAAUUCAUCUAGUUAUAGAUUUUAAAUUCAAUUCAUUUUCUUCAUUCAUUGUAACCGAGAGGACAGUGACAACACUAACACCAAUAACACAUUCAUACUACCAUUCAUUCUAGGGGAAGUUAGUCUCUUCAUCUGUGAUAUAUUUUUAUCUGUUCAUAAUAUAUCUAGGAUUAGAUUCUUUAUAUUUUUUUUUCUAUCUACCACUAACGCUUCAUUUUCUAUACGUAUCUUUUGAUGUUGUCCAUCUAUUUUGAACCAUUUUGAAAUAUGAGUAAAUGAAAUAGAAUCGUAGAUUUUACUUAUAUCUGGUGCACCAAGACCUCUUUUCACCUCUGGAUAUAAUACUUUUAUUAUUUUUUUUUAUUUUUUUUAUCCCUUUUUAAUUUAUUUUUUAUUUUAUGUAACUCUUUAUUUCUUUUUUUUUGUUUUUUAUAAUACAAAAUAAUUUUUUUUUUUUUAAUGCUUUUUGAUGAUGUAAUUAAACAGAUUAUGUUCUUAGGAGGAUUCAAUUCCAAGUUUAUCAGAAAGGGGUAUAUCUGUUCAAGUACCAUUUCUCCCCCCUUUUAGUUUCUUUUAUUUUCCUUUUUAUUAGUGUUCCCUUGUCUCUUUAAAUUUGUGCCACCACCACUUUUUUUUUUAUUUAUUUUUUUAAGAGAUUUAUUUAUUUAUUUAUUUAUUUAUUUUUGUUAUUUUACCCCUUUCUACCAAUAUAUAGUGUCCGUAAAAAAAUUAUUAUAUACAAUCAGGUAUACGCCACUCUUUACCACAUCUCACUAUAUUUGUUUUACUUUAUAAAAAAAAAAAAAAAGAAUUUUAUGUAGUUCUCUUUCAAAUUUCAAAAUAUUUAUGAAUCGAAUACAGGAACAUAAUUCUAAAAAGUCAGUUAUUGACAAUGAAAACAUUCGAUUUCUGGGAAUUUUGGACAUGGACGGUUUUAAAAAAGGCAAAUAUUUGCAUGAAGUUUUCUAUUCACUUAUGCCAGGGCCCCAUAAUCCUUUCACAAUAUCAAGUCUGUGGAAUCAAAGAGUGAGAUUGUUAAACAGACGGGAAAUUUUGAGUUUAGUAAAUGGAGGGUAAAGGAAACAGUGUUGGUUGGUUCAUGAAGAAUUACAAAUUUGGGGAAUCACAGUGCAAGGAACAUGCUAGUAAAGUCUAUACCACAAAACUACCUAAUAAUUUAUAUUUGUGUAUUUUCUUGUAGGUCUUCAGACCAUGCAUGAUAAUGGCAAUGCAAUUCAGCCUGAUUUUGGAAGCUCAUUUUCCUAUGGGGCUCUCGCAAGCAAUGACAGUUUAUCCGAGAUCUACACACCUGCAACACUUCCUGUCGUUAGUGAAGAAGCAUCUUCCAGUUUGCCUUAUAAGGUGCUAGAUCACAAUAAGACUGAAUAG